UGGUUCGCAAACCACAACAUGACAUCAUAAUAAUUCGGUUAUUUAAUUAUAAUGCGUAGAUUAGGCCUAAAAUUAUAAUUAUUCGUAGUGAGGUAUGAUUAAAGUUUUCCGAAGCGAAGAUGAAGAUACCAGAGGUAUUCUGAUAGCAGAUGGUUUCUUCAAUUGGGAUUUAGCUGAAAGUAUGAUAAUAGAUGGAAAUUAUAACUUCGGAAGAACGUAUGAAUGUGCUCGUCGAUAUAAAAAACAUAUGACUUCAGUAGGACAGGAAUGGGAUUCUAUUGAUAGUUUAUGUAGGAGUAAAUUUCUUGGAUUUCCCUACUCUACCAAGUCAAUUGAAACAUUCGAUGACGAUGGUACGACCCGCGGAAAAAGAAUAGUAAAAUUUGUUGACAUGAAGGUAAAUCCAGAAGGAUUUCGCGUCGUUAUCGUAGAAAAUGAAUUCCCGUAUGCUUUAACUCCAGAUAUUAGACAUUUCAUCAUUUGGAGCUGCAAAGACAUAUCGUUAGAAGAAUAUCUUGAACAAGUUGAAAAAGAGUUUCCGCGCAAUAAAUUUGACAUCAUAAUUUUUGAAAACCCAAGUGAACGAAAAAGUGUUAACGGAGUAUCUCAUGCACAAGUUUUUGUACGAGACAAGACGGGUGUGUCAGGGGCGUGAUCUAAGGACAAAAUACAUUUUCCUCCGCAUAGUGAAUCUAGAUCUACAUGGACACGAACAAAGCGAUUAAAGAUGAUGAUUUUAGCCAAAUUUAGUGAGUUGGAACUGAUAACGAUGCAUAAAAAAGAAACAAUUUAAAUAUAUUUUUGUGCUUGUAUAUUUUUGUCUCUUUGAAAGUAAACAAAUUUGUAAAGAAAAUAAUACGAUGUUUA